AUCUCUUUGUGUCAUUCCACAUAGAUAUAGAGAAUGGGGAGGGCACCUUGUUGUGAAAAGAUGGGUUUAAAGAAAGGAUCAUGGAGUCAAGAAGAAGAUCAAAUCUUGAUUUCAUACAUACAAGAACAUGGUCAUCCUAAUUGGCGUGCUCUACCCAAACGUGCCGGUUUGUUACGAUGUGGAAAAAGUUGCAGGCUACGAUGGACCAACUAUUUACGACCAGAUAUUAAAAGAGGCAACUUCACCAAAGAAGAAGAGGAAACAAUCAUUCAUCUACAUGAAAUGCUCGGAAAUAGGUGGUCCGUAAUCGCUGCAAAGUUACCUGGCCGAACGGACAACGAAAUAAAAAAUGUUUGGCACACACACUUGAAGAAAAGAGCUAAAAGCCACCAAACAACCAUCCAUGACUCCAAAAAACAUCACAACAAGUCAAAAUGUGAUACAAAGGCUCUAUAUCUUGAAGAAUCAGUUGUGUCUCAAUUUCUUGUUGAACAAGAGCAUAAAUCUAUUGACAAGAAACAACUCGUCUCGGAUAUUCAACCAUCAUCUAGUGAGUAUUCAUCAGACUCGAGGGCGAACUCAACUAGUGUAGCUACACAUGAGGAAAUCAAUCAUGAGACAUUUCUUGAUGAUAGUUUUUGGUCAGAAACACUUUCGGGUGAGGGAGACGACAACAUCAUGGAAUCUGAGGCGUUGACCAACAUAUCAUGCGUUGAGCAUCCGACAACUUUGCUCACAUGCUUCAAAAACAUAAAUACUAGUAAUCGAACUAUUGGUUGUAGCACGGAUGACAUGUACUCAUGGCACGACAUUUUCACGCGUGUUGACGAGUUACCAGAGUUACCUGAAUUUUAGGUCACAUGUACAAUUGUACCCUUGCUAGGACCAUUAGAUUAGAAAAUUAAACAUAAUAGUUGUUUUGCUUUAUGCUAGUUUACUAUAUAAUAAAGAUUAUUGAGAACAAUAAAUACGACAAUGAGUCGAGUUUGUGAUGA